AGAUCCCAAUCAAGAUCAAGGUCACGACCUCCAAGUGAAGUUGUCCCAGGUGAGGGAUUCAAGGAUUCUAAACAAAAGGUCAAGGCAAUCAAACUGGGAAAGAAUUCUGUUAGGAAGAGGAUGCUCGUAGGGGAGAGGCAGAUGAGAUAGGGUGAUUCCUACCUUGAAACCCAAGCAUUUGUUCUCUGGGAAGCGUUUUAUUAGAAGGACUCAAAGACGUUAAUCCACUUGGGGUAUAUCAUAUGAAUUAUUGCCCAACGAGAUGCCUUCUUAUUUAGUCCUGGAUCCUUCUCAUAGUCUUGUUUCUUGUCAGGAAUUAGGUGUAAGCUUUAUAAUUUAUAUAUCUAUUAAUUUCAUUCCUCAAAUUUCUUUGCAUGAGUUCUUUUAGGGCACAUUUCGAAUACAAGAUUGGAUAAGAUGGGAUGUGAUAUAAACAAUGAGAUUAGAUUAGAUGAGAUUGGAUUAGAUAAUAAAAUAAUCCAAUCUUCUGUUUGGAGAGCUACAGUUGGGAAAUAAAUAUCUAACCAAAAAAAUGAAAAAAUACUAUAUUCAGUGCAAAUUCUCAGCGCACUGUUCUUAUACCAUGCAUGUCGAGUUACACGGCCAACCGCGUUUUCAGUGAGACAAGAAAAAGCAAGCUUAAAGGAAAGGGGAAUGGGGAAAGGAGGAUCAUAGGAAGAAGAGAAAGAGGAGGCCGGUUGAGAGGGUGGCAUGGAAGAAGAGAUGAUGGAGGCACAGGAGAGGAGGUUGAUGAUCGAGGAUUCGAGGGAGGUCUUCUCCCUCAUCUUCUCCCACUGCCAUUUGGGGUGGUGAUUUUCAUUGCAAAUCUUAUAGUGCUGCAAUUGCGAGUCCCAUUUCUCAGAUGCGAUCCAAUCCCACUCGCCACAAAAACCACGGCGCGAGACGCCGUGGCGAGUGGAGGACCGAACGUCCAAGAACAAGGAACCGGAUUAAAGGCUAAAGGGCAAAACAGGGCAGGGAAAAAAUCUGUUAGCAUAUUAGGGGAAACACCUGUAUAUUUCCAACGGUAAAAUUUUGCUUUACAAUUAAAAAAGGGUUUAAUGUAAGAAAUGAUCCCUUUUGAAGUGGUGAGUGGUACUUUGCUUCACUAUUUCUUAAGGAUUUUGUUUUUUGGGUUGGUGAAUUAUAUUCUAUAUGUUGAUUUAUUGUUUAUUGUUUUUCCAUUUGAUAUAAAGUAACACCAAGAUGGCAAUUUGAAUUUUAAUAGACUUUCAUAAAAGCAAUUAUUGUUUUCUCUGUGUGUGUGAUUUUGUGACAGAUUAUUCAGUUUCUGAUGAGAUAUUGAGGAUGAGUUUUGUGUGUUUAAGAGUUCCUCUCUCUUUUCUGUCUAGGUGACUGAGUGCAAUAGGUCGAAACUAGGAGCUGAAUCUGCAAUGAUGGUUUCAAAUGGGGGUUUUGACUUAGACAUUCUCUGUUCUCUCUAAAGCAGACCUUUUGAUCUUCUUCUCUAAUGGCCUCAUUCUUUGUUCUCUCUGAAACAGACCUUUUGAUCUCCUUCUCUAAUGGCCUCAUUCUCUGUUCUCUUUGAAACAGACCUUCUGAUCUCCUUCUCUAAUGGUCUCAUUCAAGAUGGUAAAACAAGAACCGUCUAACUUAAAAUAUUUAACAAAUAGUAAAUCUUUGAACCAUAGAAAUUGGCAUUCUUUUUCUUUGUAUUCUUCAAUAUACAUGGUAUGGUAGAUGACAAAUAGAUUUUUCUGAGGGAGCUUUACUGUAGCAAAUGUGUUUUCAGCAGAAAAAAUCAAUGGAAGAAAAUUUGUGGGCUUAUGUUUUGUUCUUUUUUUUCAUCUUCAUCUUCUUUUAUUAGUUUCUCAUCUCUUCUAUUUUGGUUUUUGGUGAGCUUAUGUUUUGUUCUUUUUUUCUACUUCAUUCUUCUUUUAUUAAUUUCUUUGGGUGUAUUUUUCCCCAUUUUUGUUUCCUGCCUUUUUUUAUGAUUUUUUUUAAUAUAUGCUUUCUUUGUUG